AUGGCUGACACCUGCUACCCUGGAUCCUGUGUCCCAGCUGCCUCCACCAUGUCCAUCUGCUCCAGCAACAGGAGCCAUGGCAGCCGUGUCUGCCUGCCUAGUGCUUGUGUCAGUUCCUCCUGGGAGGUGGAAGACUGCCCUGAGUGCAGCAGUGCUCCCACUUACUGCACCCCCUCAUGCUCUAUUACCACCUGCUACACCCCAGUCCUCUGCCUGGCCAUUGUCUGCACCCUGUCUAGCUGUCAGCCUGCACGCCGCAUGCCCAUCUACUCUCACUUCUUCCGCCCCACCAUGGUUGACACCUGCUACCCUGGAUCCUGUGUUCCAGCUGCCUCCACCAUGUCUGUCUGCUCCAGCAACAGGAGCUCUGGCAGCCGCAGCUCCUCCUGGGAGGUGGAAAACUGUCCUGAGAGCCACUGUGAGCCUCCUUGCUGUGCCCCCACCUGCUGCCAGUCCUCUUGCUGUGUCACCACCUCCUGCAUGCCAGCCUCCUGCCUGACUCUCCUCUGCAGCCCUGUGAGCUGUGGGUCCAGCCCCUGCCAGUCAGGCUGCACCAGCUCCUGUGAGCCCUCCUGCUGCCAGCAGUCCAGCUGCCAGUCCUCAUGCUGCACUUCCUCCCCCUGCCAGCAGGGCUGCUGUGUGCCUGUCUGCUGCAAACCCAUCUGCUGUAGGCCCAUCUGCUGUGAACCUGUCUGCUGCAAGCCCAUCUGCUGUGAACCUGUCUGCUAUAAGCCUGUCUGCUCCUCUUCAUGCUGUCAGCCCUCUGUCUGCUCCUCCUCUUGCUGCAAGCCCUCCUCCAGUGUGUCCCUCAUCUGCCGCCCUGUGUGCAAGCCAGCCUGCUGUGGUACUUCAUCCACCUCCCCCAGCCGCCUCUACCACACACACAUCACCAUGUGCCACACCAGCUGCUCCACGGGCUGCCAGUCAGUCUGCCUCAGGCCCCUGUGCUGCAAACCCCUGAGCUGUGCUCCCUCCACCUGCUGCUCGUCCCCCUGCUGCGGGAGCUCCUGCUGCCGCCCAGUGACCUGUGUGACUCUGCUGUACCGGCCUGUGUGCGGAGUGGUCACCUCCUGCCAGUCACCCUGUGGGGUCUCCAGCUGCUGCUCCAGUGGCUGCCAGUCCCCGUGCAGUCUUGUGUCCUGUGGUCAGGCCUCCUCCUGCAGCCCAGCCUGUUGUGUGCCUGUGAGCUGCAAGCCCACCGUGUGCGUGGCCCCCUCCUGCCAGUCCUCCCUCUGCUGCCAGCCCUCCCGCCCCACCCUCAUCUGCAGACCCGUCUCCUGUAGCACUCCUGCCUGCAACUGA